AUGAGCUUAAAAGCCUCCAUCACAAAUACGCAGGAAGCUGUGACACGAGUCGCUUUCCGAUGCGCAGAUUCCCUCUAUGUUGUUCAUCCAACCAAUGAAACCCUGGAUACAACAUUUCAAGAGGCCGUGCAAGAUUUACGAAAAGUUAAAGCGUUGAACGUUUCUGGUAAAUCCACUUCUGUCGUCUCGUUGAAGUCACAUGCCGAUCCUUUUGCACAUCUUACUGAUUUCUUCUUCGCUGAGCAAGAGUCCCCAGUCCCUACCCCGAAACAUAUUGUUUCAGCUGUAGCUUCUGCUGAUUCUCUCUUCUUUGCUACACCCCAUCUCUACAAGCUCUCUCAUCAGCCUGUUGUAGCCCACAUCGCUCUUGAUCCUACGGAGCCUUUUGAUUUUGCCUCCGUUCGUGACACCGGAUUCGUUAUCUUGCUUUCCGGAAACUGCCCCAACGGCUCUGAGCAAGACGCCUUAAACGACGUCCUUCAAACGGCUGCUCUUGCACACAAUCUCGCUGUUAGACAGAAUACCGGUGUUUUGCAUUUUUACACCCCCAUCUACAAUUCUUCAGUCGCUUUGGAAGACUUGGACUUUCUUCCUUCCAAGGAAGAUUUAGAGGCUGCUCGUGUGGUCGAUCUCCUCCCUGAAUCCCAAGAGACAGAAGAAGUCGAGAAGUCAUCGUCCUACGUCCCCCCUGUUUAUGAUCAGCCAGCUCGUGAUGCCGCUUCGUAUGCUUUCCUUUCUCAAUCUUUCAAGCCUUUCGAAUAUUAUGGUCCUUCCGAUGCCUCUAACGUCCUUUUGGCUUUUGGCAGCGCUUCUCCUUUGCUCUCUAAGAAUGCCCUUCAACAAGGAUCCGUUGGCAUUGUCGUCAUCCGCGUUUUGCGUCCUUGGUUGCCCAACGAUCUAUUCUCCGGUUUACCAUCCACCGUGAAGCGUAUUGCCGUUCUAGAACCCCUCGGCAACCUUCCUCGUAAAUGGGACCCUUUGUAUCUAGAUAUUUUGGCUGCCCUUGUCUCCGCCAAAGCCAAUAUUCAAUUACUGGCUGUUAAGUAUGGUUUGCAAUCCACGAAGCAUGUCGCAGACAUUGUUUCCGCUGCCAUAGACAAUAUUAGCGGUUCUGCCAAACCCUCUAUUGUUGCAGAUUUCACGGAGACCGGCAAGCAGGUUUUCGUUCCUACUCCCCCUGCCAUUGAGGAUGUUUAUCACAAACUACUUCAACGUGUGUUUAAGGCUCGUCUUAAUGUCGUAAAUGACCCUACUACCGCUAAGCCUGCUGUAUCUUCUCAUCUUAUUAUCUCUCCUCAGUUCGCUUUGGGUACCGUAUUGGAAUACGAAAAACAACGACGUACUUUCUGUGAUGAAGUUGCCUCUUUAUUAAAGACCGAAUCUUCUGAAAUUUCAGCUGAAUCCUUACAAGUUCUUUCCAACUGGAUUGUCUCUGUCGAUAAUAUGGACUCGCCAGUUGAUCCUGAACUCGUCGUUGCAGAACUCAAAAAGGAUUCAUCCACUGGCAUUAAGUCUUUGCUUGACCGUUCUCAUUUUUUCACAAACGUUUCUCAUUGGAUCAUCGGUUCCGACUCUUGGGCUUACGAUUUGGGCAAUUCGGCCUUGCACCAAGCUCUUUGCCUUGAAUCUAAUGUUAAUUUGCUCAUUGUUGAUACUCAACCUUAUUCCACUCGUGAAAUUGUCCGUGCUUCCUCUCGCAAAAAGGAUAUCGGUCUGUAUGCCAUGAACUUUAGCAAUGCCUAUGUCGCUUCUACGGCUCUUUACAGCUCUUAUACUCAGGUCAUAUCUUCUAUUUUAGAAGCUGACAGGUUUAAGGGUCCUUCGGUUGUUUUGGCUUAUCUUCCUUAUCAUUCCCCUUCUGAUGAUGCUAUCACCGUUUUACAAGAAACCAAGAAGGCGGUUGACGUUGGUUACUGGCCUUUGUAUCGUUGGACCCCUGCUCUUCAAGAUGGUGAACGCUCUGAUUUCCAGUUGGAUUCCGAACGCAUUCGUAAUGAACUCCGAGCUUUCCUUGAAAGGGAUAAUUAUUUGACACAAUUGACCUUACGGAAACCUACGUUAUCCAAAACUCUUUCCCAGUCCUUUGGUGCUGAUGUCCGUCAUAAACAAAAUAUUGAUGCUCGUAAUGCUCUUAACCAGCUAAUUGAAGGUUUAUCUGGCCCUCCUUUAACAAUUUUGUAUGCCUCAGACGGUGGCACUGCCGAAAAUGUCGCUAAACGACUCCACCAUAGAGCAAGCGCCCGUGGCUCCAAAUGCAAAAUUAUGGUGAUGGAUGAUUACCCAGUUGAAGAGCUACCAAAGGAAGCUAAUGUUGUUUUGUUGGCCAGUACCGCUGGUCAAGGUGAUUUCCCCCAAAAUGGUCAUGAAUUCUGGGAAGCAUUUAAGAAUGCUGAUUUGGCUUUGAAUAACUUGAAUUAUGGUGUGUUUGGUUUCGGUGAUUACGAAUACUGGCCUCGUAAGGAAGACAAGCUUUAUUAUAAUCGUCCCGGUAAACAGUUGGAUGCGAAAUUCCAAGAAUUUGGAGCCAAGCCCCUUCUUCCUUUGGGAUUGGGUAAUGACCAAGAUCCUGAUGGUUGGGAAACUGCUUAUAGUACUUGGGAACCUGAGCUUUGGGCAGCAAUGGGCUUGGACAAGGUCGAUGUCGACAUUGACGAACCCAAGCCUAUCACCAACGAAGAUAUUAAAACGGCUUCCAAUUUCUUGCGUGGUACUAUCAUGGAAGGUUUAGCUGACAAUUCUACUGGUGCCCUCUCGGAACACGAUUGCCAAUUGACCAAGUUCCAUGGUAUUUAUAUGCAGGAUGAUCGUGAUAUCCGUGAAGAGCGUAAAAAACAAGGACUUGAGCCUGCUUAUGGGUUUAUGAUUCGCGCUCGUUUACCAGCUGGUAUUUGCACUCCUGAGCAAUGGUUAGCCAUGGAUGAUAUUUCCGCGAAGUGGAGUAAUAAGACUUUGAAAAUGACUACUCGUCAGACCUUCCAAUGGCAUGGUGUUCUUAAAGGAAACUUGAGAAAUGCUAUUCGUUCCAUAUCUAAGGUACUCAUGACCACUUUGGGUGCCUGUGGUGAUGUUGCUCGUAACGUUACUUGUUCAUCCGCUCCCGAAAAUGAGGAAGUCCAUGCUCAACUUUAUGAAGCUUCUAAGGAAAUCAGCAACUCUUUGCUCCCUACCACCUCGUCUUACCAUGAAAUUUGGAUUGAAGAUCCAGACUCUGUACAAAAGAAAAAGAUUGCCGGUGAAGUUGCCCAAGAUGUCGAGCCAUUGUACGGACCCACUUAUCUUCCAAGAAAAUUUAAGGUUGGUAUCGUUGCACCUCCAUACAACGAUGUCGACAUUUAUACAAAUGAUGUUGGUCUUGUUGCUAUUACAGAAGGCACUAAAGUGGUUGGUUACAAUUUAGCUGUUGGUGGUGGUAUGGGAACCACUCACAACAACAAGAAAACGUAUCCCCGUCUUGGUACAGUUCUUGGUUACGUUCCUAAUGAUAAAGUUGUUGAUGCUGUUAAAGGUGUUCUUAUAGUUCAACGUGACAAUGGUGAUCGUGAAAACCGUAAGCAGGCUCGUCUUAAAUAUACAGUAGAUAGAUUGAGUGUUGAGACGUUCAAGCAGAAAACUGAGGAAGUGUCUGGAUUUGCUUUCGAACCUGCUCGUGAACAUGCUCCAUUCGUUAAGAAUACCGACGACUUCGAUGGCUGGAACCAAACCGAAAAAGGAAAGUAUUGGCGCACAAUCUUCAUUGAAAACGGUCGUAUUGAAGAUAGUGGGGAACUCCUUUUCAAGACAGGUUUGCGCGAGCUUGCUGAAAAAUUUUAUGAAAAGAAGUCUAAGGCCGAAUUCCGUUUAACAGCUAAUCAACAUCUUAUUCUGUCUAAUGUUUCUUCUGAAGAGUUAGAGUGGGUUUCUGAAUUGUUGGCUAAGUAUAAGCUUGACAACACUGCCUUUACUGGCUUACGUCUUUCUUCAGCUGCAUGUGUUGCUUUCCCCACUUGCGGACUUGCGUUGGCCGAAAGUGAACGCUACCUCCCUAAACUUAUCACCAGGGUUGAAGACAUUAUUAAUGAAGCUGGGCUUCAAAAAGAUAGUAUUGUUAUGCGUAUGACCGGGUGUGGUAAUGGUUGCUCUCGUCCUUGGGUGGCCGAAAUCGCCUGUGUGGGUAAAGCACCAGACACUUACAAUUUGAUGUUGGGUGGUGGUCAUUAUGGUCAAAGACUCAACAAGCUAUAUCGCGCAUCAGUUCAAGAGCGCGAAAUUUUGGAUCUUUUGCGUCCUCUUAUCAAACGUUAUGCUUUAGAACGCGAAGAUGGAGAACCUUUUGGUGAUUGGGUUAUCCGGGCAGGCAUUAUCACAGAAGUUGUUAAUGGCGGUGCAAACGGUUCUGUUCAUGAAGGUGUUUCUGCUGAAGCAUAUUAA